CUUCGACGACGGCUCCGUGGAGAGUUGUGACGUGCUGGUGGGAGCUGACGGCAUCAGAUCCAAGAUCCGUCAGCAGCUGCAGGGCGCUCCCGUACAGUUGCAGUACAGCGGCACGGUGUGUUGGCGGGGCAUCCUGCCGCUCAGCAGGAUCCGGGGCGGCGCGGAGGCAUUCCUCAAGUCCAUCAACGGCGACAGCUGGGCCGAGUACUGGGGCAGCGGGCGCCGCAUCGGGCUUUUCACCAUUAAGGCGGAGGUGUGGACCGUCGAUGUACUCUCCUUGAGCGGGACAAAAAUUAGGGAAAACCCGGCAUUCAUGUCCCCAUGUCCUCACGCUUGUUUUCAUGUCCCCAUGUCCUCACGCUUUUUCAUGUCCUACGCUCUUCCAUGCCCUCAUUCCCCCCUCCCCUCACCCGCCCCCCCCCCAAGGCCCUCCCCGACGAGUCGGCUCCGGGCGGACUGCGAGUGCUGCAGCAGCCGCUGGUGGCCUGGUACGCCUUCGACAACCGGCCCGAGUCCUGGCGCCCGCAGCCUCCCGGCAGCUCCGAUGAGGCGGCGGCGCUGCGGGACCUGUUCUGGGACUUUGCGCAGCCCGUUAGGGACCUGCUGGCUGCCGUACAGCCGUCUGAGGUGCACGUGGCCCGCAUGUUCCAGCAGCCGCCCCCCACCGCCCCCUGGGGGAGCGGCCGGGUGACGCUGCUUGGGGAUGCGGCGCACGGCAUGCUGCCCACACUGGGUCAGGGCGGUUGCAUGGCCAUCGAGGAUGCCCUGGAGCUGGCGAACGAGCUGGGAACGACCUUUGCUGCUGAUGCUACUGAUGCUGCUGCUGUUCCUGGUGCUGCUGCUUUCGCCGGUGCUGCGACUGCUACCGCCUCUGCUGCCCGCGACACUGCGCCUGCAGCUGCUGGUGCUGCAGCUGCUGACGAGGCGGAAGCAGUACGGCGGGUCGCGGCGGCGUUACGGCGUUACGAGGCCUCACGUGCCCCGCGGACCGCCCGAGUGUGGAAGCAGUCAGCGGAGUUGGCCCAGCUGGCGAUGGUGGACAGCUGGUGGGCGGUUCGCGGUCGCAACGCGCUGUACCGCCUGACUCCCAAGUGGGCUGGCGACAAGCAGUUUCAGUACCUGUUCAAGGAGUACGUGCCAGCCUGGAGGGAGGGGGCGCGCAAGGUGCCCCCUGCAGACGUCCCCGAGGGAGCCGUUCCGGCGGCGCCGGUGACAGCGGGAUUAACGGCAGCAGGGGCAGCAUCCUCUGCUGUGGUGUCCUCGCGGACUUAAGAGGUGAAUGAAGACGCAAGGAGCAGGUGAGGAGCAGGAGGCGGCAUGAGGAGUGAAAGGAACAAGGGGGGUACAGAUGUGAGCGUUCGGAGCAGGAUGGCCGGGGGCUACCGGUACGCCUGCUUUCUAGGUGAAGUCAGUGCGUUCACGCGUGUAUGUUGGGGUGUUGAUAGAUAGCCCUGUCGCGCCCAUGCCCCAGGGAUGCGGUUGACUGCAUUUCACGGUCAGCUUAUGCGGACAGAUAGGCGGAGAAUGGCGUAUGAAGUUUGGUGUACAUAGCCGUACAGUUGGCAGUAUAGCAAGUUGGCAGUACAGCAAGUUGGCAGGUGGGAUAUUCUGGUAUUGCAGGAUGCGGUGCAUGUGUUUGGGUGAUGGUGUGUGCCGUACGAACUAUUGUAUGUGUACGGCUUAUGCGGGUUAUGUACGCAUGCUGUAUCAAGAAAAGGUCUUGUAUUUAUGAUUUUUUCUGUCGCUUAAAUUCUUUACUUGAAGCCGUGCAAUGCUGGCACCAUCUGAGCGGGAUCCCCUCCCAUGCAAAUCUCAGUAGACACGCAUGCUUUUGCUUAUGCAUGAUGCUCGAUGCAUGCAUGUACCGGUUGUUUGCAUAGCCUGCAUCUCCGCCAACAACCUGUGUUGAGGGGGCGCUGCUGGUUGUGGACCCAAUGGGUCUUCUAUAUGUGGUAUGCGGUACCUAUUAUGCUAUUCCAGGUGUCUGGUGUCCUCGUCGCAGCGGUGGUGUGUGCUGCUUCACGAAGGGUCAUCAGAGAAAAGACGCUUUGUCAUGGACAAAGGAGAGAACGUUUGCAGGUUGCGGUCCUCGUAGGGGUUUCAGAUGGCGUUGUGGACAGGAUUCUAUGGUGCUGGGUAUAAGCGAGUUGCCACUCUAGCGCCCAACAUAACACUGCCCUGGGGGGCAAUGCCGUUUCCUGGGUAGGCUGGCAUAGGUCCGUGGGGCAUUGGGGACGUCCGAGGUUCUAUAGAUACUGGUUUGCGAGCCAGGAUGCUUUCUUGCGACGUUUGGGCGAGUACCGGAGUCUCCACUAAGCUAUAGCCACUGCUUGCCGCCCGACAUGGCGACAUUGUCCCAGUCCCGACCAGGCAAGGCAUAUUGUGGACACCAUACCUUACUUCCAACUUGCUUGAUUGUACGAUUAUGGAGAUUCCGGCAAGGGUUAUUACUGAAAUAGGGAGGAUACGGAAAGAUUUCGCCGUCGCGCUCGUCCAAGCCUUGUAGGUAAUCGAUGACACCGGCACCUUUGUUAGGAGUUCAGCAAUCCUAUAAGCGUUUGCAAUGGAGGAUUCAAUAGUGCAUAGAGGUGCCUAUUCUUUGCGCUAGUGGGUUGUUGGGUAGACGAGCAGUCGCCUCAGUUAGAGACGAAGGAUGCAUACUUGACGUGGCCAUGGUAUUUGAUUCACAAAGGCCGGCAACUGCGGCCACCGUAACGGUGGCUCAUUAGGCAACCCAUUACGUUGUCCGUACAGACUGUAACAGCAGCAAGACUGUAACGACAGAAAGUGGCACCACUGUCGCCUAAUACCUUGAAGCGCGUUCACUUACAUUCAUUAGCUCUGGACCUCAUAAAGUUGAAGGAAAGAGAAGAAAGAGAUGGCGCCGAUACCCCGACGUCGCAGCAGCGCAGUGAUUUCUACUGCUAUGCCACUAUCUGCAGUCGUCUGCAGCUGUGUUUUCUUGGCUACCUUGCUCAUAUCGGCAGACGCCACUGCCCUCCGUGGACAUGUGCAAGUGACUGCUCGGCUUGGCUCUUCUGGCGCGUCUGUGAAAUCAGGAGAAUAUCCAUUAGCACCGGCAUCCAGCCAGCUCCCCCUAUGUGGGCCCAUCAACACCAAGUGCCUUAAGAGUUUCCUUGCUGGAGGCCAGCUGGGCCAUGACAGCGUACAGACCAGAGACCAGCAUGCUACUACCGACUCGGACAGCAACCUUGCUACUGCUAACUCGGGCGACAGCCUGGGCUCUAUGUUGCACAAAAAAGCAGCAGCGGUUGGCGCUGCGGCGCCCAUCCCAUUUGGCGCUUCCGACAGCACCGUCUCCAGCGCAAACACCGACGCCACCUCCCCUGCUGUUGAGUCCCUUCUCAAUGAAAGUCGAGGUUCAGCAGCAGUAGGCGCAGGAGGUGGGCGUGGGACAAGAACCGCAGAGACACGAGCCCUAUCAGCGCUCGGCAACCCGCCCAACAUGAGCCCGCCGCUGUCACCACAGCCCUUCACCCGCAAGCGGCUGUUCCUGCUGGAGAGCUCGCAGCCCGAAACCACGACGCCGACCUCCCCGCCGCCCAGCACCAGCAAGCAAGACAUGGCUGUGCAACCACCGCCGCCGCCAUCCUCCGCACAGCACACAGACACCUCCACGAUCCCAACACCCUCACCACCACCUGCUAUUCCGGGUGCAGCAACUACACCCUUCUCAAUGUUUGACUGGAAUGGACUCCUAAGUGAAAACGGUGAUGAUGCGGACUUACCUGACCUCGCAGCCGCUGGUUCAGCUGGCAGUGGCGGCGGCAGUGGCGGCAUGUCGGUAUCCGCGUCAGCCAUCGCGGGGGGCGUGUUGGGAAGUGUGUUUGGCAUGAUAUUAUUGGUGGGCGUCGUACUUUUCGUGUUUGCGUGCCGCUUCCAACCAGACCUGCCAUCGAACAUCAACAACCACAGCAACAACAACUUGCCGAGGAGCGCAGCUCACUUCCAUGGAGCCUACUACAAUGCUUGUCCUCCUCCUACUGCUGCUGUUAUAGCCGGUGGUGGUGGUGGCAGGUUUGCUGCUGCUGCCGGUCCCUAUUCGGCACCUGUUGCUGGCGGCAGUGGUGGCAAUAGCGGCUGUUGUGCUUACGCCAAUGUGGGUGCCCGCACGGCUGUAGCAGCACCGGCGCCUGCUACAGCUGCCGCUUAUGGCGGUGUUGGCAGCAGCUGCAGCGGCGGCGGUGCUCCCAGGUCUCAUAGCCUCCGGCAGCUGCCAACGGUUGCUCAGGGCAACAGCAGGAGCUCCCGCGUAACCUCCUCCACCACCAACUCCUCAUUCGCGGACCUGCAGCGCCUGUCGGACGUGAGCAUGAGCAAUCACAACCUCAAUGUCAACAACCACAACCUCAAUGUCAACAACAACAACCAACGCAUACAGCACCCUGCUGCGGGUGUUGGCCGCAGCAGCACAGGUGGCGGACUGGGAGGUCGCAUGAACAGCGGUGUAUGUGGUCUUAGCGGCGUUAGCGUGCUAAGCCGUUUUAGCUCAGGCGGCGUUGCAGCUAGGAUCAGUCCUGAAGCAGUUUCGGCUGGUGCUGGGGGUGCUACAGGUGCUACAGCGGCUGUUCCGGGUGCUACAGCCAGUACGGCUGCUGCUGCUGCUGUAGCUACAGUUGCUACAGGCCCUAGGUCAAGCCCUCGCGCCUCCCCUGCGGCUAUGUUGCGCCUGGCGCUCUCGCAACUGAACCUGCGGCAGCAUAUGAGGAAGACGCAGUUGCCCAACAAGUGGUCGGACGCAGGUGCAGCAGAUGUGAUCCCGGAAGACGUGAAUGAAGGCGAUGGCGGUUGCACUGCUGGUAGUGGCGGGCCUGUCGAUCCCCACGUAGCAACAGCGGGUACUCGUUCCAAAGUUCGCAGCAGCAGCAGCGCUGCGGGCCGUCAGGAGCGUAUUUCUUCGUCCGUUUGGCGUGGGGAGAUUCAUGAGGUGUCCUUGCUUGACGAGGAAGAGCAGUCCGCGGCUCCGGAGCCUACUCCGCAAACCGCGGCACAUCACCCACGAAAGCAGCAGAAACAGCAGCAGAAGCAGCAACGGCGUGAGGAGAAACAGCGGAAGCGGCAGCAAGAGAAGCUCUUAAAGGAACAACAGGUGGUGCAGCUGAGUGUGCAAACCGUCGAUAUGGAGGAGCAACGGCAGCAGCAGCAGUCGUCAUCUUGGCGAUUCCUGCGGCUACAACAACAGCAAGCACCUCGCUGCACAUCUCUGUGCGACAUUACGAUACAGUUGGAGCCGGUGUCAGCUGCGGGGGAGGUCGAGUCCAGCAUUGCAGGUGCAGGGGCUGCAAUUGCUCCCGCUUCAGAAGUUGAGACGCUCGUGCUGCAGGCGGCGGGGACGGACAGCUACUGUCGCUCGUCUAGCCAUGCCACGGGGGACGGAGAUGUAUCCGCGUCGCCCCUAGCUCCAUGCUCUAUCGUGUCUGGGACACACACGACACGCACUACACACGGUGAGCGGUUGAGCGGAGAUGACACCUCCCUGACCGGGGCGCCGCACCCGUCGUCGGCAGAUGCCGGCAUUCCGCCGAAUCUGUUCCGCUGCCCGAUCACGCAGGCGGUUAUGUCCGACCCUGUGGUGGCUGCUGACGGUUACACUUACGAGCGCCGCGCCAUUCUGGACUGGAUAGGCCUCUGCAGCCAGCAGCGAGGGCGGCCCAUGAGCCCUGUGAGCAACCUGCCCAUGGAGCAUACCCGCCUCAUUCCCAACAUGAGCGUGCGUAGUGGGAUCUGCGAGUGGCAGCAGCGCACGUCACCGCAGCAGCAGCAGCAGCAAGGCCAAUCGUCACGGCAGGAGUAAAGUGGCAGCAGCAGCAGCACCAGCACCAGCAGCGGUUAGAGCCGUCGUACGCAGUUAGGAGUCGCAGCGGUUGAAGCAGCCGAGGCGGCAGAGGCUUCUGGAGCGAGGUCGGAGAGGAUGCAGCUGCAGCAGUAGCAACAGAAGAUGUAGCAUUGGGGUAACGGCAAUGCCAGGAGCAGGGUUAUGCAUGAUGUUUCGCUGAAUGCGGCUGCAGUGUGUGUUGUAUGCAUGUGUGGUGGCAGUCUAUUGCUGUAGCAUGUUGCGAAGAAGACAGCGCCCUUAAGGCACCAUGUAGCCCGUGCGUGCAUUGAAAAGUGACCAGAAGACGUUACGCAAACAAAUAUUAGUAUAUUAGUGUGUCCGAAACAGGCUACAGGGGCGUUUUUAGCCCACUGGGACGGUUUCAUCCCGUGCCAACUGUGCACAUGCAUGCGAUACAUCCACAGCAAAACAUGGACACCUUGAGGCGCCCCAAGGCUUUUGUGGCCGGGGCUCUUAGUACUCCUAGUCGUACAUCGCCGACCACACCAGUUUUCCUUUCCUGCCCAUUUAUUCUUUUAGGUGCAUCUGGGUGCAUGCCCGGUUUUUGCUGUCCCGCUUUGUUGUUGUUUCGUUGGUUCCGGAGGGAGCAUAAUGGGGGUAGCUACGUUACCUACGUACGCGUGUAGGGUCCAGGGGGGUGUUGAUUGAAGACAUGAAGAGGAGUAACGGUAUUACUCCCAGGCUCGCCAAGCAUCGCAGCCCUGGGAAUACCUGCGGGGGAAAUCGCACUCGCAGUCGCAGGAUGCGCUCUGCUGUCUGGUUGUUGGGGUCAUGCAUGAGGGUACGCAACAGGGGGGCAGCGCCCGUCCUGUGCAGUAGCAAUUCCUUUGCGCGCCUCUGUGCAACCCGUAUGGUGCACGUGGCACUGAGAUGGCUGCUGGCACGAUUGCUUGUGACGGUGUUCUUAACCGGGCGAUUAAUUAACAGGCGCGUGACGCCAAGGGAUAUCGGUUGGGUUGUGGCGUAAACGUGUUUAUGCCUUGUCAUUUUGCAUCAUGUUAAAGGAAAGAGUUUCGGGUCCGCAGAAGUAGCGCAAUGGUGCAUGGAUGGCAAGGGGUGGCGGUUUCGGGGUUGAAUGGGGUUGGCGGGAGGUUUCCAGUGCACUAGGGCGGCUGCAUACAUGCGUCCUUUCCAAGCAAGCCUUCCCGUUCUUGUGUCCCUGGUUAUCUUACAAGUUCCAUGCUGCUCAGUUUUGCGCACGACGAUUACUGCUGCGGCUGACUCAGGGCAGCACGCACACGCGCGACACCUCAUGGCUCAUGAGCUCGGAGUUCUCCAUGGAAUUGCUGACCUAAGCUCAAGCGUACGGAAGCGAUGAGGUUGUCGAUGAGAUCUUAGAUCUGGAUUAGGUGAUCAUUAUACAGUGUCGUACGUUUUGUGUGCCACAUUCGUGCAGGAAUAGGAGGCGCGCUUUUGUUCCUUUGAAGCUCUGUACGAUUCAGGGUGCAACCGAGAUACCCUUUGACUGGGGGACUAUGAUGAGGACUAUGUUGCUGGCCGGUGUCUCCUCAAUAUCACAAAAAGGUACCCGAAGGGCAGAGUUGGUUGCGGCUUUGAAAAAAGAGUCCAGUGCCGCAAUGUGGCUUCGGCGCCAAACCUGUGCCAUGCGAUGCUGAUACAGGACCUCCAUGUAUGCGUGUUGUGGAUUCUUUUGUGUGUUAGUUACCGUGUGACGGAGAUGGAAGCGCGCUGGUGCCCUUGCAGUGCGCUACACUACCAUUUUGUCGGCAGUUACUGCGAAAGAAGGGAGGGCUGUAGGUGCCGCAGCUGCUACACACCAUGGCAAGUCGAGGAGAGGCAGGAGCAGUAGUCUUGUUGGCCCCCGGUUCUCCCAGACGUGUCUGCUAAGUAAAGCAGUUGAGAUCCCAUAUGAAGACAUGAUGUUGGAUAGGGGCUGUUCGUGGCGUGGGUUGUAUUCAUGGCUUUGCACCUUAUACAUUUCCCGUACAUCGGUGGGAUGUAUGCUAUAGCCCGUUGCGUUCAGGUUAAUGGCCAGAUGCGGCCUUUGUUGGGCCCCUGCCCCGGCUAGCUAGCAACCGGUUUGCAUUUUUAGCUUGCAUUGUCUUGUCCCCGGUUACGGGGGUUGUCAAGUGACGUAUUACGCUUGUGUGUGUGUUGCACGUUUAAGUAGCGACAGUCGCAGCAUACGUGCUGAUAGCGCGUCCUAAUGGUGUGUGCCGGACUAGUGGCCUCGGGGUUAUGGCGGUCGAAUGAGGGUCCUUUGUACCCCAUGCGGCUGUCUUUACGCAGCGUUCGGUUUUUACAAAAAUCCCAGCAUCCCGCAGAACUGUAGCGUUGGAUUUUCUAGGUCCAUCCCAGCAUGCUAGGGUACCAUAGUCUUCGGUGUGCGUGGUGCCGUCGUAUAAACCACUGAACCAGAACCAUUGUAACG